AGACUCUUAUCUCGAGCACUUCGGCAUCACAUGACACUGAUUGAACAUGGCUUCAGUUCAGUGGUACUCUCGGGGCCGUAAAUAUGAGAGUGAAUGGCAGGGGUGUCAGUUGGAGAGUUCACCAGUGGAGUUCAAUGACUAUCAUCCACUCAAAGCCAUCACGGUGACCGAUUCUAAAUCUCGGCGUGGGGGGCGGAAAGGCAGCACCUCCUCUACAUCUUCUUCCUCUAGUUCUGUGGCUCUGGAUCCACUCAGCUCUAUGCUGGAUGGGACCGAUCCACUGUCUCUCUUCGCUGCGGCAUCUGAGACCCCAACUCUCCCACACAGCAUCUCUGCUGGGGAGUUGGGGCGGAAACGGCAGGAGAAAGAGGAGGAAGUGGGCUUAGACUUUGAGCCGUGGUCAUCUAAACGUGGAGAGAUUCUGUCUAGAUUCACCACCACAGAGAAACUGUCUAUUAACCUCUUCAUGGGCUCAGACAAGAGUAAAGCAUCCAGCCCUAGCUCAGCCGUGUCAGAGAAGGUGCGCACUCGUCUGGAGGAGCUGGAUGACCUAGAGGAGGGCUCACAGAGGGAGCUGUUGAACCUGUCCCAGCAGGACUAUGUGAACCGCAUUGAAGAGCUCAACCAGUCUCUGAAGGAGGCCUGGGGUUCAGACCAGAAAGUCAAAGCCUUGAAAAUCGUCAUCCAGGUCUGAGGACUGUGAACACAAACCAACAG